CUGUUUUUAAUUAAAACACAGAAAAACACAAACGCAAUGGCUGGCUCUUCCGCAUCGCCACCAGUACUAGGACGCUGCACAGCAGGCAUCACCACCGUUGAUCAGAACAGCGAAGCAGCAAUCUCUAUCGUCCAUCAAGACAUCAUUGAGACCCACAUAUUGACCCGGCUUGACGGCCCAACUCUCUCAUCCGCCUCCUGCGCCUCUGCCCACCUCAAUGCACUCGCAUCGCAGGAAAACCUCUGGACCAACAUCUGCCUCUCUACAUGGCCUUCCAUCGCCUCUCCACGUGUAAGCCACGUCUUCUCUAAAUUCCACCAGAGCUCCCGCUCCUUCUUCUCGGACGCGUUCCCAUUAGCCAUCGAACCAGCGACCUUAGGCGACUCGUCGGAAAAUCCUAACCUUCCAUCGGAAUUAAUCUCUGCCGUUGAUGUAUAUUACAAGAAGGAGCUGAUUUUCAGUAAAGUCGUCGAAACGGAAACUGUAAGCGCUUGGUUCAACAGCUCACCGUUCCGGGUUGAUUUAUUGGAUCCAAAAGAAGCUGUUUCGACCCGGAUACCAAACCCGGAUAAGGACGACACGUAUAGGGAUCUGGAAGAAGAUAUGGAGUUGAGUUGGAUCAUGAUCGACCCAAUCGGAAAACGGGCGAUGAAUCUCUCGAGUCAGAGACCGGUUACCGUACACCGGCACUGGCUGAGCGGGGAGGUGCAGGUGAAGUUCGCGUCGGUAAUAGCCGGAGGAGGAAUUGGGGCAGCGACGGAGUGGGUGCAGUGCGAGGUGGUUGUCACGUGCGGGGGGUCAGCUGGAGGGGAGAUGCACGUGAGGGAGGUGAGUUUACAGUUGGAGGACAUGGAUGGGAUGUACCUCAGUGGGAAGGAUAGUUUGGGAAUUUUGAAGAGAGGAUUGGAGGGCAAAAGAGGAAAAGGGAAGAGGAGGGAAAUGGAAAGGAAGAAGGAAGUAGAGGACUUCUUGGAAAGGAAAAGAGGGAGAACAGAGAGGAGAAUGAAGAGGGAAGGGACUCUCGAUAUGCUAUGCGUUGCGUUUGGGGUUUUGGCGUUUGUUUCUUCCGCCUUAUUUUUUUUUUAAAUAAAAUUUUUCAACAUGUAAAACUCCAUUAAAAUAU